AGACAGCCACCGUUAUUGCACCAUCUCCACCGUUCCACCCCGACGAAGCUUCUCUCCCCUAUCUUCCCACCCAAAACCUUUCCAAAUUCCCCUUUCCCAAAGUCAAAAACCCUAACCUCCAUAGAUUCUAAUCUUCAUCCAAUUUCAAAUCCCCAUUCACCCAUUUUGUCAAAAUUUCAGAAAAUCCGUAGAUUGAAAAUAUUUUUCUACCCCCAAUUCUCUCAUUCAAUCUGACCCAGUUGAUUAUAAAGGAUAAUAAGAAACCCCAGAUUCUGAAUUUGGUCCUUGGGUUGUUGAUGGACACAAUUAAGCGGUGUAGAGGAUACCCAAAGCCCUCGCCGGAUCUCUCACCGCUCACCACAUCGACGUCUCUCACUGAGACCGUAAAUGGGUCUCACGAUUUUAAGAUCAGCGGCUACUCAUUGGCGAAGGGUAUGGGUAUCGGAAAGUACAUAGCUUCCGAUACUUUCAUGGUCGGUGGGUACGCCUGGGCUAUUUAUUUUUACCCAGACGGUAAGAGCCUCGAAGAUAACGCCACGUAUGUUUCGCUUUUCAUCGCGCUGGCUAGCGAGGGCGCUGAUGUACGGGCUUUGUUUGAGUUGACGUUGUUGGAUCAGAGCGAUAGAGGAAGACACAAAGUGCAUAGCCAUUUUGAGAGAGCGCUUGAGAGUGGUCCCUAUACGCUUAAAUACCGUGGAAGCAUGUGGGGUUAUAAACGCUUUUUCAAAAGAAGUCUUUUAGAGACAUCAGACUACCUUAAGGACGACUGUCUUUCCAUAAAAUGCUGUGUUGGCGUUGUCAAGUCAUACACAGAAGGACCGAAGGUAUACUCUAUAGCAGUGCCGCCUCCAGAUAUCAGUAAACAUUUUGGAAAUAUUUUACAAAGUGAAAGGGGAAGUGAUGUGAGUUUUGAAGUUGACGGGGAAGUAUUUGCUGCUCACAAGUUAGUGCUAGCAGCACGCUCUCCGGUGUUCAGAGCACAACUUUUUGGUCCUUUGAAGGAUAAGAACACCCAUCACAUAAAAGUAGAAGACAUAGAGGCGCCAGUAUUUAAGGCAUUGCUCCAUUUCAUAUAUUGGGAUGCACUUCCUGACAUGGAAGAGCUUGUGGGUCUGAACACAAAAUGGGCCUCUACAAUGAUGGCCCAGCAUCUCCUUGCAGCGGCAGAUCGGUAUGCCCUUGAGAGGCUUAGAUUGCUAUGUGAGGCUAAACUUUGUGAGGAUAUCUCUAUAAACACUGUUGCAACUACAUUAGCAUUGGCAGAGCAACACCACUGUUUUCAGUUGAAAGAUGUGUGUCUUAAAUUCGUUGCAUUGCCUGAAAACUUAAAAGCUGUAAUGGAAACGGAUGGAUUUGAAUACUUGAAGGAGAGUUGCCCUUCUGUUCUUACUGAGUUACUACAAUAUGUUGCGAGGAUUGGGGAGCAUUCUGUCAUUACUUGUGGAUAUGGCAAGUUAACUUUGUUUGAUGGCAGUGAUGUUAACAGAAGGAGAGUGAAGCCGAGGUUGUAUUGAUACCAAGUAAGAUUGUCAUCGGCCGCAACAUUAAAAAGAGCUUGUUAGGAUCUACACAUUUUUCAUUCUACUAACAGCUAAUUCAUUUGAAAAGAAAGGUGGCUCGAAUGAGUUUUCUUGUAACGUUUUUGCUUCCAAUUGUGAAAUAUUGUUUUGUCGUCUUUGUUGUAUCAAGUGAAGAACAUAUUGUCCCAGUAAAUUUGUGUGCAGUUUUGUGUUGCUUA